CUACUCGGUGGGGACGGCAAGCUUAUAAGUCACGGCGAUCCUCUUCUUGGGCCAAUAGUCGCAAAACAGUGAGUCCAGUGUCAACCUAAACGCAUCGAUCUCCUUCGAGUACUUCAUGCGCAUCUAUUUCUCACACUCAUUGCACUCACUUACAGCUUCUUAUUUUCUUCUCUACUCUUCUUUCAAAUGCCCGGAUUCUUCGAGCACUACGCUUUGUGUUUAGAGAACAGUGUGAUACAUUGAAAUCGUACGGGAUGACUUAAAACGCGAAGAACGUUAAGCCUUAAAUAAAACUGUGAAGAUCGCAUCAUAGUUUUAUCGAUCUUAUAAGAAAAAACGAAGUAUAACAUAUAAACUGUGACUUUAAAAAAAAACUGUGAAUUUCGCAAACCGCCACACCGAGUUUGGUGCGAUUCGAGCUCCAGAAUACGAGUUAACUCUCGGAUAUUAAAGAGCUUGGACACACAAGUUUCCUUUUUUACUGUCUUACGCCUGAAAACAAGAGAUCCUGGUGAACAACGAGACGUUGGAUAAGCUCAUCAGUUGGCAUUUCUCGAGAAAAAAAGGAUUUUCAUACGAAGUCAAAAAACUUUGAAGUAAUGAGGGGAAAUAAUUACAAGUUGAGCACGGGCCUAUGUGUUCUGGCUGUAUCGAUGCUCAUGCUUGGCUGCUACAAGGUGGACGCGGCACCGCAGCCUAUACCACCGGGAAUGAUGUAUCGAGAAGACUACGGCGCAGAACUGCCUAGCCAGACGCUAGUGGACAGGCUUAAACAGAUAGUGGAGCGCAAGGAGCAAAAAAUUGAGAAAGAAAUAGCAGAACUGGCAGAAGAGCAAAUGGAAAUUCAGGCGCUUAUAGAUGCGAAAGCAAGGAAUCAAAGAGAACAUCAGCAACCACCGGAAUUUUCGGAGGAAGAUACUGAAGCACUUCCUGUACCUGCCGCUAUGUACCAUAGUGGACCUCUGCACUCUGGAAAGCGAACCAGCUACAUGGCACUUUGUCACUUCAAAAUAUGCAACAUGGGUCGAAAACGCCAAAUGUAGACGAUCGGAGCUUGCACCUUAAAACUUGAAGAGCUCUUUUUCCUACAAUUCCUAAGAACGCAAAAAUACAGUUUGUGAAUAGACCAAAGACCGCAACUAGUGCGCAUCAUACAGUUUAACGAAAAAAGAAGAUCUAGAAGAGAGUUAAUAGCAACAAUAGUCUACGAGUCUCACAUGUAUUGCCUCAUUAAAACGCUAUUCUGGUUGCAUAGCUGAUAAAAUCUCCAAUACUAAAAUUCUUGCUUGUAAUAGCUACGAUUUGAACAAAUGUAUCGUGUAUUUCUGAAUUCCAAGCACAUUGGUGCGCAGAUAAAUUUAAAUUCAUAACUUCACUUCGUAGCGUCCAUCUUGAAUCAAAUAAACAAGCUAACGCGUUCGAUAAAAAGUAAGCAAAAUAUUUCUUUAUAUCGAACAAACAAGAGAAUUGAAAGCACAAAGAAGUUGGACAGACUAGAAAUCAAUUUAAUGAAUUCAUACAGGCAGGAGCUAGAGUUAAGUGCAGCAACCUAUCGAUAUUGAAGAUAUAUUUCAAUAUGAAAACGUUGCCUUUCAUGUCAUGACUCAAACAACGAUUAUAGAAUACAUUUUAGUCAAACAAAUUAUUUUUCCUUUUACUAAAAUUGAAACUCUUCAACUUGCGAACAAACUGUCUUUGUUUCUAUAUACAGAUUAUAACUCAAAAGGUAUAUACCUUAUAACGAUACGUUCAUUGCAAUUACGCCAUGAGCGAACUCUUUAAAAAAUUAUACAAAUGCAUCCAAUAAGUAUUAUCAGUGUUUUAAAUAAGUUAUUUAUUUUGAAAAUUCAUUUAUUCAAAGAUAGAUUAUUAGUCAAAUAGAUAACCUUUAUAUAGGUAAAUAACAGAAAAAAAUAAAUAUCUACCAGCUAUUAUGUUAUGAAACAUUGAUUUAUCAGUAAAGACUACCAUGUUGGUGUUGACUUUUAAAAGACUUGGAAAUUUUGAAUGAAGUAUCGCUAGGAAAUUUAUUGCAAGCUUACUUAAUGUUUUGAGUCGUAUAAGAAUUUGUAUUUAUAAUAUAGAAUGUAAAAAAAGGAAGGGUGCAUGGGCCUAAGCACGGGUAAAGACUAAAAUAUAACACUUUAAAAAUCUUCAGUAUUUAAUGUAAAGUUGAUAAAUGAAUGAAAAGUAUAAAAAAUAUGUAACAAGUAUAUAAAUAUUUAUAAAGAAUAUCCGCUUAUAAAACCUAAAUUAUUCAAAACAAUUAACCAAAUAAUUAUUUAUUCAAGAAAGACGCGAGGUCGAGAAAAACGGCCUUAAGACGUUAAUUAUUAAGUACGUAUGAAAGAAUGAGUGAAUGAGGAGAAGGAUGUGAAAGACAAGGGAUAUCAGGUGUGGGAAACUGUUGAAAAAUCUUAGGGAAGUAACAUAACUGAACUAUACGGAGGCCGCCUGCACCUUCGAUAUUGAAUUAUUUAUGGUGAAAAAUUGUGAAUCAGUUUCAGUAAAAAUAAUAUUAACGUUUGAAUCGUUGCGAAGGAUUUAAGCUUAUUUAUUUAUUUAAUUUACUAUACAUUUUGUAAUAUUUUUUUAUUGCAUGUUAUAAAAAACUCUUUUAAAAUAAACUUUUUAACUAUUA